CUCAUUAAUUGAACUUAUCAAUCGCCUUGUGACGUGAAGUUUGCGGUCGAAAUCAUCUACGAUUUUGAUCGAAUCUAAAUUAUAAAUGAAAAUUUCGGUUUGUUACAGCCGCCAGUAACAUUUGCAUUUCUGUACAUUUAUAAUUUCUUCUGAACGUAAUAUGUGGUCUGAUACCCUGCUCAUAGUUUUUAUUUCAAUAUGCACGGCAUUUCUUGGAGAAGGAUUGACCUGGGUGAUGGUCUAUCGAACGGAGAAAUAUCAGAAAUUGAAGGGCGAAGUAGAAAAGCAAAGCAAGAAAUUGGAAAAAAGGAAGGAAACACAUGGGGAUUCUCUUGAUAAAUCGCACAAGAAAAAAAUUGAGCGCGACGAGGAAAAGCUCAAAAACAACAAUCGGGAUUUGUCCCUAGUGAAGAUGAAAUCUAUGUUUGCAACGGGGUUUGCCUUUACUGCAUUACUUAGCAUGUUCAACAGCAUCUUCGACGGACGAAUUGUUGCACGGUUGCCAUUUACGCCAAUUUCCUGGAUCCAGGGCCUUAGUCAUCGUAAUUUGCCUGGAGAUGACUAUACGGAAUGCUCAUUCAUAUUUCUGUAUAUACUCUGUACAAUGUCGAUCCGACAAAAUAUCCAAAAACUGCUAGGAUUUGCGCCUUCACGAGCAGCCAGUAAACAAGCCGGUGGACUGUUUGGACCAACGCCAGGCCAAUUCAAGUAACAGGAUUUGUAGGGAAAUUAAAACGAACAAAGUUAUUUAUUUGAAAAUAAACAGCCAAACCAAGCGGUAUAGGCUAAUUAAAAGUACAAA